CGUAUCUGCCUCACUGCCAAUGCUUCCCGAUUCCCUUUUCCCUUUGGGUUCGACUAACUGCACAGCGACCUUAGUCUCGCUUCGAUCUCCCCAAUCGCUCCUCCGCUCCACCAGGCGCCUCGGCAGCUGUGUUGAUGAGCGAACGCCUGCUUGAUGGCCACCGUGAGGGACGGCGACGACAUCGAGAUGAUGACCCGUCGGCAAUCACAGAAGCUGCACGAGAUCGAAACUGACUACCAGCCAGUCAACUGGAAAAGGCUGUUUCUGGCGCCUAAAUACCUUGCAUGCUGGAUCGUCGCGCUUAUUGCCCUCGUCUUGACUAUCAUCAUAACCAUCAAGCAUGAUCAAGUGGUUGCCACCCUUCGACCCUGGUCCGAGAAAGUGCGCGAUCUCCCAGCCGGCUGGCUCAUACCGAUUGCCAUCCUGGUUAUCAUCUCCUUCCCUCCUCUUUUUGGGCACGAAAUAAUAGCCCUUCUCUGUGGCGUGGUAUACGGCUUAUGGAUCGGGUUCGGGAUUGUGGCGGCGGGAACAUUUCUGGGCGAACUGUGCACCUGGUUCGCCUUUAGGUACAUGUUCCGCCGCAAAGCCGAGAAGCUCGAGCGGACGAACCUCAACUACGGCGCGCUUGCCCGCCUGACCCGUGAUGGCGGCUUCUGGAUCGUCCUUGUCAUCCGCUUCUCCGCCAUCCCCUCCCAUUUCUCCACUGCCGUCUUCUCCACAUGCGGCGUGAACUUCUGGUCUUACGCCUUCGCCACCUUCGUCACCCUCCCGAAACAGAUCUUUCUCGUCUACCUCGGCGUGCUGCUGCUACAGGACAAGCCCGACAACUCGGCCAAGAACAUUGUCUUUGCCAUCGCCUUUGCCGUCACUGUCGUCAUGGCCGUUUACAUUGCUUACAAGAUGCGCAAGGUUAAGAAGGUGCUCCUGGCGGAGCAGGCGGAGCGGCGGAAGGCCCGGCUCAGGGAGGACGACGCGUCAGCGGAGGAGGGCAUUGGACUGGAAGUGCAGCAGUGGCCGGCAGAGGCACGGCCGCUAGGCGCCGGUCGGUACGAAGUCGUCGCGCAGGACGAGGCGGAUAUCGGGUUGGCUGAGACCGUGGGAACUCACGAUAGGCGUUCCGGUGCACCGCCACAUUAUCGACCCGAGUUUCAGUACCGGGGCGCCGGAGGAGGAGAAGAUAUCGGAAAGGAACCCGUAAGGGAGCGAACGUGGGUAUGAAGCAGUGCAAUGAGAAAACACUUCUAUCAACGAACGGGGAGGGUUUUUUUUCCCCACCCGUUUUACUGAAGACGCAGAGCUCGUUGGGUUGGGUUGAUAUGGAGUUUGGCAUCGGUCAUCACCGACAUUCUCAGAGAGCGACGAAAGGGGCGAAGCAUAUCAACCUAACGUC